CCAUCAACCAAUUGCCAUUCGUCCAUACGCAACCAGUAGAUAUCAAUGGGGUGCGGUUUUCUUUGAUUCCGCCGGUUCUUUUUUUCUCUUUAUUGUACAAUACUUGCUUAAGGUGAACCAAAGAUGGACAGCGAAGGGAAGAAAGUCAUCGUCUGCGACAACGGGACAGGGUUCGUCAAAUGCGGCUACGCCGGUUCAAACUUCCCCGAGUACAUUUUUCCUUCUAUGGUCGGAAGGCCCAUCAUAAGGGCUGUCAACAAAAUAGGCGACAUCGAAGUUAAGGGAUUAACUGUCAGAGAUUUGAUGGUCGGAGAUGAGGCUAGCAAGCUGCGCUCCAUGCUUGAAGUGAACUAUCCAAUGGAAAAUGGUAUCGUGAGGAAUUGGGAAGAUAUGUGCCAUGUUUGGGAUUAUACAUUUGGACCAGAGAAAAUGAAUAUAAACCCACACGAUUGCAAAAUCCUUCUCACUGAGCCUCCGAUGAAUCCGACAAAAAAUAGACAAAAGAUGAUUGAAGUUAUGUUCGAGAAGUACGGGUUCAGUGGUGCUUAUAUCGCAAUUCAGGCCGUUUUAACCUUAUACGCUCAAGGCCUUUUAAGCGGGGUCGUAGUCGAUUCGGGUGAUGGAGUCACUCACAUCUGCCCGGUCUACGAGGAAUUCGCACUUCCUCAUUUGACUAGAAGACUAGACAUAGCUGGUAGAGACAUUACUAGGUAUUUAAUUAAGCUACUUCUUCUCAGAGGGUAUGCUUUCAAUCAUUCAGCAGAUUUUGAGACUGUUAGAAUAAUGAAAGAGAAAUUAUGUUAUAUAGGUUAUAAUAUAGAAACAGAACAAAAGCUUGCUUUAGAAACUACAGUUCUUGUUGAACCUUAUACACUUCCUGAUGGAAGGGUUAUUAAAGUCAGUGGAGAAAGAUUUGAAGCUCCAGAAGCCCUUUUUCAGCCUCAUUUAAUCAAUGUUGAAGGGCAAGGUAUUGCCGAGAUGGUAUUUAAUACAAUUCAAGCCGCUGAUAUUGACAUGAGGACAGAAUUGUACAAGCACAUCGUUCUCUCCGGAGGGUCUACCAUGUACCCUGGCUUGCCAAGCAGACUUGAAAGGGAAAUCAAACAGUUGUACUUGGAAAGAGUUCUCAAGAAUGAUAUAGAUAAACUAUCGAAAUUCAAAAUAAGGAUUGAAGAUCCGCCACAUCGGAAAGACAUGGUUUUUAUUGGCGGUGCCGUCCUUGCCGAAGUAAUGAAGAAUCGUGAUACGUUCUGGAUGACAAAGCAAGAGUACGAGGAGAUGGGCGUUGAUGUCCUUAAAAAGCUUGGGUCUCGUAUCAGUUAAUCGAUACAGUUAAAUGGAUACAAAUUUAAAAAAAUUAAUAAAUGGACUUAAAACUUUGAGCACGGAUGUCUCAUACUGUGAUAUACCACUUGAGUGCUCUCUUGUCCUAUGAAAACAUAAUCAACAUAAUUAUUGUAAUUAAAAGGUUUUAUGCAUUUAAUUUUUUAUCUUUUUUAGUUUUACUUCUAUUGACAAUUGAAUAUUGUGUUUAAAUGUUCUAUAUUAUUUUUAUCAACAAAUAAAAGCAUAAUAAUAGCAAUAUUGCAAAUUACAACAAUGAAAGUUAAUAUGCUAUAUUUACUAUGUACUGUUUAAAAUGACAUUACACUGUUAUUUAUAAUUUUAA